AUGUCGCGGAACAGCAAGCCACAGACGGUCCUCAGUUCGUUCUUGGAUCGCUCCGGCUGCAUCGGCAAGGGUCAAGUGAGCGGCUUUGUGAACUUCAUGCGCUCGGAUCUUGAUCUCGCGACCAAGACGCAGUGCAUGGAAGCCAUACGCCUCACAGAGGGGAAGGACAGCCGCCUACUGCGGUUUGUGAAGAGUGGCGGCGUCACCAAGAUAGUCAUGUGGCUGGAGCGGGCGCUUCGGGAGCCGAGCUCAACAGUGAACCUCUUUAUCGAUCACUCACUGAAGUCGCUUCGAGUCUUGCCGCUGAGGGCCAUGGAGAAGAGCGCCGCCCAGUGCCUCGUCGAUUUGAUACGGAAGCUUCGGCAGCGGCUCCAGGAGCCCGCUCCACGGCCGCCCACGACGGCCCCCCACACCCCGCCAAAACUGCGCCAGCGCCGCCGAACGAAGUCAACCGACGGCCCUGUCGCUGCGCAGAGCAAGGUCACUGCGCCCGAGCCGACCCAGGCCCCUCGAACUCCGCCCCUGCAGGCCACCGGUUUCGUCGCCUCGGCCAAACUGAUCGCAGCUCCGUCUACGCCGCCUCUGCCGGAUUUAAUCCAACCAGAGGUGGCAGCUGCUGCGGCACCUACCGAGGCUAUUAGCACGCAAUCGCAGGCAGCUGCUGGUUUCGCCCCCAAACCGAGUGCCGCCCCUUCCACGGUUGCCCAGCCGAGUGCGGCCCCUUCGACACCGCCUUCAAUGCGUCCUGCAGUUCUGGUGGGACCCACGGUGGCGAGGACGGUGGCGAGGACACCUUUCCAGGCCGCCAGGCCGACUGCAGCCCCUUCUACGCCGCCGCUGCUGGAUUCAUUCCAUCCCGAGGUGGCAGCUGCUGCGGCACCUACCGAGGCUACUAGCACACCAUUGCAGGCUGCUGCUGGUUUCGCCUCCAAACCGAGUGCAGCCCCGUCCACGCCGCCUCUGCCGGAUUCUGUCCGUCCCGAGGCGGCGUUUGCGGCGGUACCCACAACGGCGCGCAAUCAACCCCAGGUCGUAGCCCCGAGAGUCCCCGAUGCGGAGCCCUUUGACUACUUGAAGGCCUGGCAGGCAGCGCGAGGCUUCGCCAAUCUGCACGCCGCCCCUUCCACGCCACCUCUGCUGGAUUCAAUCCAUGCCGAGGUUGUCCCCCCGAGAUUCUCCAAUCCAGAGGUCGGCGCCGCUCCAAAAUUCGGUGAGAUGCCGAAGGUGCGCCCGAUGACCGUGCCGCCCAAGGCCAAGGCCAAGGCUUCCACGAGUGCUCCGAAGCCUGAACUCACAGCAGCGGUCUCACUGCGAACAGCUCGGCCAAAGGUUUUGCCGUCUCCGCCGCCUGAAACUCCGACCGCCAGUGGUGGGCCGCCGGUCAAGGCUGAGCGCAAAAGCGCGUUGAAACGGAAGGUGCCAAAGAGCUCCGCCGAGCCGCCAGCGCCAGGGCCUGCAGCAACCCAGGCAAAGGAACCGCAAGGUGACGCCAAUGCUUCUAUGAAGGCACGGCCACCCAGCAUCGAGCCGAGACCCUUUGCUACAGACUGGCAGGGCUUUUGCAUAGAUGAGGCCGAGCCCCUGCAAGAGAAUGAGAAGCCGGAGCGCCAGGUGAAGAGACGCCCCUCCACUCUUUUGCAAGCCAAACCGAAGUUCGUCCCGUCCAAACCACAAGAGGCCUUUGAACACCCGGGAGAGGAGGGAGCGGACCUCGAGGCCAAAGAGAUAUUCGAAGAAGAGGCCUUCGGAUUCGCACAAGGGGUCGAGCUGGAAAGGGAAGCGAGGCCGGAGACGACCGAAGCGGCCGAAGGGGAAGGAUCGGAGGGCCUCGGCGUCCAAGGGGAAACCGACGAGCAACAGGAGGAAUGGUGGUGGUGGCAGCAACAGCAAAGCUUCGCCGAGGCUGUCGCACCCGUUCCGGAGCGUGAGAUGGAAGCGGCAGCAGAAGAAACAGAUGCGCCCACGGAGACGGAGGAGCCAAGGAACACCGACCAAGACCAAGAGAUGGCGUUUGAAGAGACGGAGCCUGAGUCUGAGAUUUCAGAGAGCCUGGAUGCGCUGGAGGCACAAAUCUCUGCGGAAGAAGGGAGGGUCCAAGAGCUGGAGCGGCAGUUGCUGGCAGAAAGUGACAGUGACACGGAGCCGGAGACGGACACGGAGGCGGCUGAGGUGGAGCGGCCUUUGAAGAGGAAGCUGAGCCUUCCGAAGCAAGACCCGAAGCUCCGGAAGGAUAUCCGGCAGUUGAUCCAACGUUACGGGAGUUCCCAACACCUCCUCACUAGCCCUUCUACUCCACCUUUGGAAGAGACCACGGAGCUUGGUGCUCCUCGCACUCCUCCGCUGCAUGAGAGCCCAGAGUCUGUGGCGCAUUUGGCACCUCUUCUGGCAAAUCUUCUCGCCUCCUCGUCACCUCUGGAGGCCCCACCGGAUCCCCAGGAGCCGGGACCUGCAACCGUUUGGGCCGCGGCCGCGGCAGAUCCUCGGGUCGUCCCAGUGUCACCGGGUCCGCAUGAGUGGACAGCUGCUGCAAACAGCAGCCGGCAUGCUUCAACGCUGGAGGAACUCGUGGGUCAGCCCGCCUCCGUUGAGGGUCAGGGCCCCGCCACGACCCCGGUGAAGACGGAAGACAGCCUGAACAGCGCGCUGAUUCGGGCCGUCCUGGAUGCGGUUCCGGAGCUACAGGGUGCGAUUCCACAGAAUCCCCACGAGCCAACCAUUGCGGCGGCAGCAUCUACAAUGUGGGCCUCUGCGAUGGAGGCAUACACGGAGAGCAUUCUGAUGAGCUCAAGAGCUACGUCUCUUGCAGAGAGCAUAUUGCAAAGCAGCGACACGGUCUCUUCGCCGGAAAAUCAGACGAGCCACUGGACAGGCUCGGAUUUGCAUCUUGGGCCUCGGUUGUUCGAGGCACAUCCGCUGUUUUGCUGGCGGUGCGAGGAUGCUUGGCGACACGAGAAGCUGCUUGCCACAGAGGCCAAGGCAGAGCUGCAGCGCAGGACGCAGGACAGCGGACCGUUGAGACCUUCCACAUGUGCGGAGGCCUUGGCCCGCCAGUUGCGCGCCAGGCACAGCGAUCUGCCUUGCGAUCGCCAGCUGCAAGCCGCGGUCUUGCGGUGGUCGCUGCUGUCUCAGCUUGGCUCCGAGGAAUGGGGCACUCCAGCUGCCAAUGAGGGCCAAGGUGGAGGCACGUGGCUUGAGUUUCUGCAGGUGAUGCCAUGUUUGGGAGGUAUGGGCCGGCCCCUGCCCGCACUCGCGCCAGCCGAGCUGCCAAGCCUCAGUCCGCUGCUGCAGUGCGAUGAGGCUAUCGAGGCUCUCCUCCUUUCCGGGGGAACGCGAGACUUGCGGCGCGCCGUGCGGAUGCUUUGCAGGCUGUUGGCCUCAGAUCCAACACUUCUUUCUGGUGGCUGGCCGCUGCAACUUGCCGUCGCAGCAUCGCUGUGUGAUGCAGAGGGCGAGACAGACCAGAACUUCCACAGAGAAGGAAUAGACAUGGAGCAGCGAUACCAGAAUUUUCGGCGCGAUGUGGCGACCAAGAAGCUCUUCUCGGAGUUCCAGAAGCUACGCGCCUGGCACUUCCGGUACAUCCUUGGCAGCUGGCACUCCGAUGCCGACUUAGCAUGGUCGCGUGAUCAUGUCGAGCGUCAGUAUCGGCAGCCCGAUGCGAUUGGGAGAUCAGCCCGAAUGGUCAAGUACAAGCUCCAGAAUGACAACGGAGUAAGCGUCCACGACGGCCUACGAUUCUACGAUGGGCAGAUUGCCACGAUGCCUGUCAUCCUGGAGUACGGAGGCGUUUGCGGGGCAGUCUCCAAAUUCGGUGCCAGUUGCUGCCAGGCUUUCGGGGUGCCGGCGAUGCCUGUGGCCCAGCCGGGCCACUGUGCCCUGAUUUGGCGGGGCCCAUCUGGCAGGUGGGAGCUGGAAAACGAUUGUGGAGGGUGGAACCAAUCGUACAUGCAUGACCGAAUACAGCGCACCUGGCAGGCAGAGCUCGGCGAGCUCGCCCGGGAAGCUGGCGUCAUUCCAGUCUUCGAGCGAGCGCUGUCUCACUGGGAGGGCUUCCGGCAUCACAGCACCUGCCCUUCCUUCUUCAAGAAAGUCAUCGUGCAUAUGGGCAAGAAGCCCAAGGCCGAAGCACCAUGGAAGCGCAAUGCCAAGGACCAUGGAUACGGCCAAUACGGCCAGGCCGGGCAAGGCUACUCACUGUGGCAUGGAGCUUGGCGGUCUGCUGGCUCGCCACAGGAGCCCAAGGAGCCGCGGCCGAGUGUGCGGUUCCCCUCCUACGAUCAACAGUGGGGGGCGGAACCACACCUCCGUGUCAUUCGAGAGGAGCGUGUGGAAGCACCGGAGAGGCCAGAUGCUAUCACGGCCAAAAGAGCACAACAAGCUGUGAAUAUCCUCAGGAAAGCGGAGUCCAGAGUGACACGCAUCCAGAAGGAACAGAAAGAGAAAGCAGCGCGUUUCUCGGACUACGAACAGCAACUCAUGACAGCCUUCAUGGAGGAGAGAAAGCGACAUACCGAAAGACAGUCACAGCUGGUCAACGAGCUGGAGGAAGCCCAGAAGCUCUUGUUUGUGGCCAGGGAGAACAUGGCACAAACUGCACAGGGACUUAUGGGGAAGGCGCAGAUGGAAGUACUAGACACUACAGCCGAGGACUGGGCCGCCAUGAUCAUGAAGUACUCAGAGGUCCCGGAGACCCAGGAAUCGCAUGUCAUGGACCCGGACAUGGCGGAGAUCCUCCGCCUUUACAGGAGCGGGAAGCUUGUCCCGGUUCAGGCGCCCCAGCCGGUGCCACCGAUGGACAACGGGGCACAGACAACUGCUGGACAUGCGGCUCCGCCAGGCCUUGUACCGCCCGCUGUUGGAGAGAACCGGCCGCCUUGUAUGGAACCGGGCACACAUGGCCCAGCAGGGCCAGCACCUACGUAUGGUGCUGCCUCCCCUUCGAGUGGACUACUUCGAUCGGCACCAUACCCGGCGACUUCUCCUGUUCUGACCAAGGUUGGGGAUGCCUCACAUGGCACCGAGCAUCAUGUACCUUCACCUUCUAUGGGCGACCAGAGGCCAUCCCGGACAGUUCAGAGGGAGGACAUCAAAGCUGCCACAAAGCACCAGCCGGCAAAGUCACAGCCUGCUGGCCUCUCCCUCCACGAGAAGCUCGAACAGAGACGCGAAGCAGAGCGGGUGGGGACUGCCUUGCAUCCCUUCCGACUCCAGACCGAGAAUAUGGAGAAGGACGUCCCAAGGUGCGAUACCGAGGGCAACCGGACCGCCCACCAACAGGAGAUCUCGGACGACGACGACCCUGGAAGACGCAUGACUGUGAACUCACCAGGUCUUGCGAAGUUGGAGUGA